AUAGCAAGUAAUUUAUAAUUUGAAACGAAUGGGAGUGUUGAGGUUGCUUAGUUCAGUAAAGAUUUGUUAACCAGAGUUUUCAUAAAACCUUUAAUAAAUAAAGUUCGGUAGUCAUUAUUUAAUUUUAUUAAUUUAAUAUUAUUAUAUAAAAUUUAAUAUUAUUAAAUAAUGAGAUUAUCUCUUUUCUCGUUAAAUAAUGUAUAAAAUUAGAAAGAUGCAACUUUUAUUUGCCUGUAUAUGUAUUUUAAAGAAGUGGCUUUUUAAAAAAAGAGGAAAUAAAUGUACAAAUGUCAAUUAACGGUUUUUGUUUCAGACUCCCUACAGUUCCUGUGACUAAGAUGUGGUCUUCAAAUUAUUCCCACUCAUGCCCGCGUGCACACCAGCAAAGAGAAUGGCCACCACAACCAACAGAGCCUCAAGACACUGGGCAUGACCUAUCAACAAGCUCCUACAACGAUCAACAUCGCGAAGAAACACCUCGCCCUGUUCGAAAUUAACCAGAAUAAGCAACAGUUCCAACAAAAGUCAAGUCAAAGUCAAAAUAAUCUUUAUUCAAAUAGACUUCUUAAAAGUACUUUUGAAUCGUCCAACAUUUUUUUCCCUACCGCUUGUUCAGGACGUCUUUUGGCUGAUAAGAAGAACGAGCAAGAAACUCACCAGCUCUAAUAGGAGUAAUGACAUUUACAAAAACCAUGCCAUUGCCAAAACCCUGACAAGACGCUGGGCAUGACCUUCGCUAUAUCUUUGUAAGGUUAAACGAACAGUUCAAAACAACAUUCAAUAUGUCGUCCUACACCACUCGAUACAGAGAGAACGAAGAUGCUGAAAACUGCCUCGUCCCAUUCGAUGCGUUCGAGCCAGAGGCGGAGGUGCAGCACCACAUGAAGGUGCUCGGCUCAGUGCAUCGGCUGGUCCGUCAGUGGAUCUGCGAUGAUUCGUUACGCAAGAACAUACUUGCAAGCGUAGUGGACACAGUCGGCGGGAAAUUAUACACGUACGGCUCGUACAGACAUACUCGACCAGAGAGGUGCAGAUAUCGAUGCAUCGUGUGUCGCCCCGCGGUACAUACAGCGGUCAGAUUUUUUACUUCCUUCUACGCUCAAACAGCAGCCACAGACUCAUUAUACCUUAGCGACAAUAUGCUGGUGAAGAACUUAAACCAAAGGUGCGUUCGUUCCAUUAACGGUUGCCGUUACACAGAUGAGGUAUUACGGCUGGUGCCUAACAUCGACAACUUCCGUCUUCCUCUACCCUUCUUCUACAUUCUACAUUACACACAUCUUGAAUUGAAAACGUUUAUUUCCAUAAAAGCCUGUAGAAUCUUGUCUCUGCGACAUAUUCCAGCGUGA